AUGUCUUUGAACUCCUUCCUCGUCUUCUUCAGACUUUUCGCCGAGCUGAAUGUUGUCGAAACUCGAAACAUUCCACCAAAACCGCACCAUGUCGCAAAAACCAGGAAAGGGGUCCGUGGCGGGGCCAGCUUCGGGACCAUUUAUUACCAGAGUGAGUACUUGCAAUUGACCAAUUGGGCGGGAGUUAACGAGGAAAAGGCCUGUGAUAUGUGUCGCACGAAAAAGAUAAAAUGCCAACCAACAGAGAAUUCUUGUCAGCAAUGCAUCAAAUACAGCACGCUGUGUCAUUUCACGCCUAUCAGUCUAAAAAGAGCGCCAAGGAGAGCACCAGGACAGAAGCGAGUCGAGGAACUGGAAGGUCGUUUGAAAAAGAUGGAAGAGAAACUGAAGCAGAAAUCAAGUUUCUUAUCUGCGAAGACCGUGGGCUCUGAAGUACCACGACAAACCGCAUUGAUAUCUGCUCGACCAAUGGACAAGGCUUCUUCUUCCUGGAGUGCGGCACACCUACCUCCCAGCUUCCAGGACUCGGUUUACGACCUGAUUAAUGGCGUCCAGCGGGCCGGAGUCGGCGCAACCAGUCCUUCAUUCCUUCUCAUGAACUGCAAACCAGAAGGCUGGAUAUUGCCUGAUAACUGCUGUUCACUGACGCGGGUUGAUGACGUCUUCUCCCGUCGAGUCAUUCGACCGUUACCGCCCAAGCCCGAAGCCCUUGCUUUGAUCCAAAGAUCAUUCCAAGGAUUCAGCUCCGCUUUUCCAAUCUUUAACCAAACAUCUUUCCUCGCACGCUUCGAGAGUACUGAAUCACCGUACGAGGACCCGGGCUGGUGGGCAUGUCUCAACGUCGUCCUAGCACUUGCCCAUCGCUCCCGCUCGAUGAUAUCUCUGAACAGUCGACAAGAAGAUAUUCUCGCUUGGGGUUACUUCCAAAAUGCCCUCGCUGUGGCCACCGAGUUGACGAUGCUAAACAAUACGCUUACUGCAGUGCAAGCUUUGCUCGGGAUGGCGGUUAUCGUGCAGGGAAGUCCCAGUCCGACGUCGUAUGCCAGUCUCUCUGCCGCAGCUAUGAAGUUGGCUCAAACUAUUGAUCUUCAUCGAUCGCAAGAAGGUUCUGGGUUACCGAGAGAGGUCAUCGAAGAACGGAAACGUGUAUUCUGGAUUGCGUAUUAUCAAGAUAGAGAUGUGUGUAUCCGAACACGAAAGCCUCCUAUCCUAGAUGACGAGGAUAUGGACGUUGAGCUCCCAUCACCUUCUAUCCCCGACUUGGAGUACUUGAAUCAUAUGAUCGGUCUCGCGAAGAUCCAAGGACAAGUCUAUAAACACCUUCUUUCCGUUGCUGCUUCCCGACGACCGUAUCCGCAGCGCGUGAUCGCUAUUCAAAACCUCGAGGCCCAACUCGAAGCUUGGAGAGAUAACAUAGCAGUUGACUUCCAACACGACUAUUUCUACGUGGCCCAACAUUCUAGUCUUCCGGAACCUCUUGUUCGGAAUUUAAUAUUAAGAUUGGUAUAUUUUAAUACCUUGAACGCCAUCCAUUCCUCUACUCCUGCUCUCUCGGAAGUGGACGGAGUGCAAGCAAGUAAAGAUCUCGAGCAUCACGGCGCGUUGCCGCCUCCAAUCACAUUCGUGGCAGAAGCGCGGAAGGCAAUUAAGUUACUACAUGUAACGCCACAAGGGGAGUAUGCUUGCAUUUGGAUCGUGCUGCAUAUCUUUGUGAGUGCGACGAAGACGUUGCUAAAUCACUUGAUAGCGGAUCCGGGUGAUGCCCUGGCAAAGAGUGAUUUGCAGCUUAUCGAUCCGUUGUUGAAAUUAUUGGGUAUGUUGGCGAAGGGGGAGAGGAGUGUUGAGGUGACCGAGAUGUAUGAAGAAUGCAACGCAUUGUUUGACAGGGCAACGAAAGAGGUGGAAGAUUUUACGAAGAGGAAAUGGUGA